CAGGAACGAGCAGGCGAAAACCCGAAUAGCGCCACAAUACUUUUCUUUUUCCACUUUAUAUAUGAUUUAAGAUUAUUUUAAGAUUCAAAGUAUAACGUUAUUUUCUACGUGUUCAAACGGUUGCCUGGUUACAGUGGAAGAGACGACUCCCGCCUCGAUGUAUAGUUUGCAUUUCACGAAAUAUUAUUCAGUGAAUCGGCGAUUAAUGUUAUAGUACAUGAUUUGAAACAGUCUAAAUGAAACAUUUGUGUAACGUAUGUCAGAUUUGUGCAUAUGAAUAUUUCGAAAUAUCCGUUGUCAAGGAAGUGCGAUUUGCAACUCUCGCGAUAGCUCACUUUUGAAGCUCUUCAUGACCCAGAUUAAAUGGCUACCAAAAGUUAGCCGUUAUACGUUAGGUAUAAAUCGCUGAUUGGUGAUGGAUAGGGUUGCUGUGCACUAUGUUGACCGUUCACGGUGGAGUAAAUGACACGUGUGCGUGGCUGGUUGCACCACAGUACAGUUUUUAACGAGAGAACGAUGUCGCCUUUGAACAGAAAAACAAGUUAACGUUAGCAUUGAAGUCACAGGCAAGACUCGGGGACAUCUGAGGAUUCUCGUUAGCAACCGUGGCAGGUACCGUAGCAACUGCUGACGCUUGUUUCACUCACCGUAACAACUACGAGGGCAUGCCAGCAGCUUUCUCGUCUAAUUUACCGGGUAUCAGCACAGCAAACAUCCACCAUGAGAUUGAAGACAUCGCUGCUAAAGGAACCCAAACAUAAGGAAAUUGUGAGUUGUGUUGGCUGGACCACAGCAGAUGAGCUGUACUCGUGCAGUGAGGACCAUCAGAUCCUCAAGUGGAACCUUUUGACCAAUGAAACCAGCCUGGUCGUCAAACUGCCAGACGAUAUUUACCCCAUUGACCUACACUGGUUCCCCAAAACUGUGGGUGGCAAGAAGCAAAACCAGGCUGAAGUCUUUGUCCUCACCAGCACUGAUGGGAAGUUCCACCUGGUCUCCAAGAUAGGACGCAUUGAGAAGAGUGUCGAGGCACACAAAGGAGCUGUUUUGGCUGGACGAUGGAACCACGAUGGGACCGCUCUUAUCACAGCUGGAGAAGACGGACAGAUUAAGAUCUGGUCCAAAAGUGGGAUGCUACGCUCAACAUUAGCCAGCCAAGGGUCUCCUGUAUAUUCUGUGGCCUGGGGUCCAGACUCAGACAGAAUCCUCUACACAUCCGGCAGACAGUUAAUCAUCAAACCUUUGCAACCCAGUGCCAAAGUCAUACAGUGGAAGGCUCAUGAUGGAGUCGUCCUGAAGGUGGACUGGAAUUCAGUCAAUGACCUCAUCCUGUCAGGUGGAGAAGACUGUAAAUAUAAGGUUUGGGACAGCUUCGGCCGUCUGCUUCACUCUUCGUCAUCUCACGACUACCCGGUCACCUCUUUGUCCUGGGCUCCAGAUGGGGAGGUGUUUGCUGUGGGCUCCUUCAACACCCUGCGGCUCUGCGACAAGACCGGAUGGUCCUAUGCCUUGGAGAAACCCAACACAGGCAGCGUGUUCAGCUUAGCCUGGUCUGCAGACGGCACCCAGCUGGCCGGAGCGUGUGGCAACGGACAUGUCAUCUUUGCCCAUGUGGUGGAGCAGCACUGGGAGUGGAAGAACUUCGUAAUAACCCUCACCAAGAGGAGAACCAUGCAGGUGAGAAAUGUGCUGAACGAUGCUGUGGACGUAUUGGAGUUCAGAGAUCGAGUCAUCAAAGCCUCUCUGGCGUAUGGUCACCUAGUGGUCGCCACUUCCCUGCAGUGCUAUGUCUACAACUCAAGAAACUGGAAUACUCCUCUCAUCUUCGACCUGAAGGAAGGAACAGUCAGCCUUAUCCUACAAGCAGAAAAACAUUUUCUGUUGGUGGAUGGAGCAGGGUUAUACACGUUCUCUUACGAGGGUCGAUUGAUAUCUUCCCCCAAGUUCCCCGGCAUGAGAGCUGACAUCCUAAAUGCCCAGGGUGUCUCACUUAGUAAUGACACGAUUGCCAUCCGAGACAAGAGUGAUGAAAAAGUCAUCCUUCUCUUUGACGCCCCGACUGGAAAAGCCCUCGGUGAUGGGAAGCCUUUGACUCACAAGCUGGAUGUGGUGGAGAUAGCCCUGGAUCAGUGUGGUCCGUCCACUGAGAGGAAAAUCGCCCUGGUAGACAAGAACCGUGACCUUUACUUAACCUCCGUGCGUCAUCUCGGCCGAGAACCCAAAAUCUGCAAAAUCGGUAGCAUGGUUCACAGUAUGGCGUGGAACGAUGCUGCCAACAUCUUGUGUGGAAUCCAAGACAACCAGUUCACGGUGUGGUACUAUCCAAGUGUUGUCUUCACUGACAAGGAACUACUACCAAAAACACUGUACAUAAAGGACAGCAGCGAGUUCAGCCGCGCACCCCACAUUCUGAGCUACGUUGGGACCAAGGUGACAUUAAGACAAGGUGAUGGCUCACUGGUGUACAGCAGCGUGCUGCCCUACCCUGCCCUCCUGCACGAAUACAGCACCUCCGCGCGCUGGGAGGACGCGCUUCGCCUCUGCCGCUUCGCCAAAGACCAGUCUUUGUGGGCUUGUCUCGCCGGUAUGGCAAUGGCAAACAGGGAGCUGACCGCAGCAGAGAUGGCCUAUGCUGCCAUUGGGGAGUUACCUAGGGUGCAGUACAUUAACUUCAUAAAGGAACAGCCGUCUAAAGAGUCGUCUCUGGCCCACACGCUGAUGUUCAGCGGUCAGGUCCAGGAGGCUGAGGCCACUCUGCUGCAAGCCGGUCUCAUCUACCAGGCCAUACAAGUCAACAUUGACCUUUUCAACUGGGAGAGGGCACUGGAGCUGGCAGUCAAACACAAGACCCAUGUGGACACUGUGCUGGCCUAUAGAGGGAAGUUCUUACAGAAAUUUGGCAGGAAGGAGACAAAUAAGAGAUUCCUUCAGUACUCUGAGGGGGUUGAGGUGGACUGGGACAAAAUCCAGGCGAAGAUAGAGAUGGAGUUGUCUAAAGAGAGAGAGAAAGCUGCUAGCGUCUCUGUGAGGAGCAGUGUGGUCUCACGGCGUUAACUUUCAGGGGGUUUGGCUGUACCUCAGCGUAAUAAAGGCAUUUUUUAUCCACUGUA